GUUGCAACCUCAACAUUCUCUACGGCAAAGUUAUCUUAUAAACCAGUGAUCAGCAAUGAACACUCUCAAGAGACUUCUCCCAGCAGCUAUGCUCUCAUUGAUUGUACUGAACAUGUUUUGUAAUACACCAUCAGCAGCUGCAACAUACGGUGACUGCUGUCUCGCUUAUUCAAAGAAGCGACUGCCACAAAAAUUGAUCUCUGGUUAUGUGGAGCAAAACUCCAAUGAAAUAUGUGAGAAAGAUGCAAUUAUAUUCUUCACCGUCAGAGGAAGAGCAGUGUGUGCAGAUCCUGAGCACCAUUGGGUGAAGAAAGCACUGAAUUUUUUGAGCAAAAAGCUGAGAAAAAUGUCACAAGAUUGAGCCGCGUCUCAAGCCGGGUCGAGGAAAGAAUUUGGCUGCAUUUAGCUGGAUUCAUUUUUAAAAAACCUUCCUGCAUAGUAUCUAUGAUAAGAGAUGUUUAGUAAAAUUUCUGUAAUUUGUAUCACUCACAAUUGAGCCACUUUAUUGUUAGUAUGUUCUACUGAACAUGAAGAAGUAACUUAACUGUAUAUUCUUAUUUAUAUUUUGCUACAACAAACUGACUGUGAAUUAAAUGAAGGUAAUUGUAAUAUAAUCACCUGUAUGUGUAUCAGUCAAUCUAAGCUUGAUUUAUUGGAAAGUGAAAGAUAACGAGGAAUAUCUCUGAGUUUAAGUAGCACCGUGUUAAUUGCCAUCUUUGGUCAUUUUAAAUGGCUGCGAAUGAAAAAUA